CAAGCGAACCUUGAGAAAAUGGAGUAGAUCAAGGAGCUCGAAGCAUCAAUCGACGUUCGCUGAGAUCGUAUGUUGUCGAAACGACGCAGUCAGUGGUUUGCAGUCAAGGAGUAAACGUCGUUCGAAUCGAAAGCAGCAACGAAGCAGUUUGUCAAUCGAUUAUCGAGUCAUUGUUCGUCGGUAUUCGUGGCUAGAAAUAAAAAAGGUACAAAAAGGUGGCAAUGGCAUCCGAUAAUCCAUCAUUUUUGGAUGAUUUGUCCGAAUGGCUCAUGUGCACAUUCUGUGCGGAGACAUUCUCGCGACAAAAACAAUUCUUGUUUUUGUUCUGUUCAAAGGUGGCAUGCAUCGAUUGCGCCCUCAAAAUGCGUUCGCGGUCUGAACCCAAGAAAAUCGAUUGCGGUUUGUGCAAAAAAACAGUUGGCUUGUAUCAGAUUCGUAAUGAGAUGCCGCCGCAAUUGCGCAAGCUGUUCCAAAACACAGAGAAAAUGAUCGAAGAAGCGAUGAACAUUUACGAAUUUCAACAGCGUCUAACUAGCAUGGCUCUUGAAAAUUUGGAGAAGAAUAUUGAUGAAAUGGAAAGCGACAUAAGCGAUAUGGUCUAUCGGGCCGAACAAGACGAUCGAAUGGCUCAACGUGAUGAGGCUGAUGCAGGACGUUACAGUGGAGAACUGUUGAAGAUUAUGACCGAUGAACAAUUGCAAUAUCUUGAAACAGACAGCGCUGAGCAAUUGCAACAGAUGAACUUCGAUCAGAUCGUCGGAUCCGGCCCACGACGCCGUUUGUCUCGCACCACAUCCUCGCCAUCAUCGCGAUACUCUCGAAGUCCACAUUCGACACCGGAAUCAAUGAGCGCAUCGUCCCAUGGUGGUUUGACUCAGAUGAUGAACGAUAUGGUGAUGAACCAACGAAUUGACCAACGACGACGACAAUCGCGUAGUGAUUUGCGACGACAUUCACGAGAAGGAACACCACAGAAAAUUCGACACCGACAAGAUUCUCGCUCACGAGGCUCACGCCAUUCACGCGACGGACGUCGCUCACACGGUUCAGGCUCAGGCUCUGGUUCAAGUCCACACCAUUCACAUGAACCACGCAAACGUUCAUCGCGUGAUGGCUUCCCAAAUUUGCAUUAGCAAAACUAACCUGCUUUCAAUCUUUGGCCAUGCAUUCUACAUCCUUGUCAAUGGCUAUUCAGAAAUUCAUUCACUUCACAUAAGUGACAAUGAAUAUAUCGGCGUCGUAAUUAAGAACUUCAUUACUUCAAUGUCUAUUACUUUUCAAUCAUCAAAAAUUCCAUACAAAAUGAUUUCAGUGAAAUUUGGAUCCAUCGUUUUAGUUCAGUAUUAAAUUGGAAUGGCAAUUAAUGGCAGAUUAAGAAAAGAUGUAAGGGGAAAAAAAAGAAAUAAAGCACGAAAGCCAAAUAAUCACACAAAAACCGUGUGCCACAGUGUAAUUACUAGAAGAAGAAAAACAGACACACCAAAACUGCGGUACUUUGUGACAAAUUUUUAUUUAUAAUUUACAUUGGAUUUUACAGAGCAUUUUAGGAUGAUUUUUCUUUCAUUUUCUGACAUUGUGUCUAUUUGGUUUUCUUUCUAUCAUUUUGUUUUGUUAUUGAAUAUCAAUUGUUCGCAAAUAUCACAAUAAAAUGAAACAAGACAUACAGGUAUUUGUUCUCUCUACGUAAUGAAACUGAUUUGAAAAAUCGGUUGAAAUCAAAUUUUCCUAUUUACAUGCAAAUAGAUAGAGAAAAAUAAAGAAUAAGGCAGAUAGAAGCUGGAUCAUUUUUUAAAUGGGCUUUGAACUAACGAUAUUUGAUUGAAUAUUUUUUUAUGGGAAUAUAACAUUAAGCUCGGGUUGAAAACAAAAAAAAAACAAAAAUGAAAGCUACAUAUUUGCUAGAAAAUGCGAGGAUAUUACUUUCGUAUCAAAAACAAAACAAACCUUCAAUUCCAUACUCUUAGCUAGCUAAUAAGGCAUUUCAUUCCAAUCAUUAACCAUUUCUUCCGUCACUCUCUUGCUAAAAUCUCAUUUUGAUGUGUAACUUAACUUAGCUAUUCAAUUACGAUAUAAUGAUAUAUAAAUUGUGAACAAGCAUUGGUUUUUUCUGCUCUUUUUCAUUUUUUUUUUAUCUAAAUACAAACAGAGCCGAAUAAAUAAAUGGAA